CCUAAAUCUAACGCUACUCUCUCUCUCUCUAAAAAAACGCAGACCACCUCUCUCUAACGUCUUCAACCUCCAUUUCAUCAUCAAAUAUUGUACAUCUAUGCGUUUAUCUGCUGCUGUUGUUAUUCAUAAGGUUCUUAUUGGAAGAAGGUUCUUCAUAAACUCCAUAAUCUUCGUUUAUCUGCUAUUGCUACUCUUGUAUUUUCAGUUUUUUAAAGGCUUGUUGCGGAUUGUUAGGUCUGAACGUUAAUGUAUGUUGAUUUUUUUUUUUUUUUUUGAAAUCUGGGGUUUUGCCCAACAUUAAUGUAUGUUGAAUUUUGUGUAGUUAUCUUAGUUACUCUAACCCCACCUUCAACCUUUUCACGAUUUUUAGUGAAUUUAAGUCUUACAAUGUCCGAAAUUAGUUGUAAUUCAACGAAGAAGUGUCGCUGUGGUGAAAUUGCUCGUUGUUUCACUUCGAAAACACCUUCAAAUCCUGGUAGGAUAUUCUAUAAGUGUCCUAAAGCUAAGGCUGAAAAUUGUGGUUUUUGGGAGUGGCAAGAUAAUUUUCUAGACAAUGCUUUGUUGGAAAUAAGUGAUUUGAAGGGUAAAUUGGAAGUGGCUACGGUGAAAAUGGACAAUUUAAGAGAGUCGUUGAAUGCGGUUAAGCUCGAAAGAGACAACUUGAAGAAAAAGGUGCAUAACUUGGAGGCUAUAAAUAACUCUCAAGUGAACAAAUCAAGGGAAUUGGAAGAGAAGAUGUUUAUGAUUUCAUUGGCCAUAUUAGUUGGAUUUUUUUGUCGCUAAUUUGAGAUGAAUUAUGCUUGGUCUAGUAAUAGAAGUGAAAGGCUUGUUUUGGUAGAUGACGAUGUUUAGGAGUGGAAGUGUUUGUUUAGGAGUUGAAGUCUUGGUUUGUAAGCUAGUUUGUUGUUGUUAUUUUAUGUGUAAACUUGCUAAUUUAGUGUUGCUA